AUGGACAGCGUGCUGGACCCCUUCUCUGGACUCGACUCUUUCUCCUCCCCUCCUUACUUCGACGAUGACGAGUUUUUCACGGACCAGUCCUCGAGAGACGGACACUUGGACACGGAUGACUUUCUGGAUGAGGACGUGGACUUCCUCACGAGUCAUUUCCAAGACUACUACGGCAAAGACGGCCGAGCGGAUGGAGACUACGACAUGGGCAACCUGUCCUUCUCCUCCUCCUCCUCCACCUUCUCCUACGGCUGCGCGGACAGCACAUCGGAGCUGUCCCCGCGGAUGGGGCACCACGGCGGGCCGUCGCUGAAGCGCAGGAGGCGGAUGAGGUCGGACAACGAGAUGCAGCACCUGCGGCAGGCGGCCAACGUGCGGGAGCGGCGCCGCAUGCAGUCCAUCAACGACGCGUUCGAGGGGCUCCGCACUCACAUCCCCACCCUGCCCUACGAGAAGAGGCUCUCCAAGGUGGACACGCUGCGGCUCGCCAUCGGGUACAUCAACUUCCUCGCGGAGCUGGUGCAGUCCGACCUGCCCAUCAGGAACUCCAACAGCGAGACGCAUGCGCAACCCAAGAAGAUCAUCAUCUGCCACAGAGGAACAAGGUCUCCCUCUCCCAGCGACCCAGACUACGGCCUCCCCCCCCUGGCCGGGCACUCUCUGUCCUGGUCGGAUGAGAAGCAGCUCCGCGAGCAGAACAUCAUCCGCACCGCCAAGGUGUGGACCCCCGAAGACCCCCGAAAACUGCACAACAAACCGGGCCUCACAGACAUUGAAAACGAGCCUCCCUUCGGCCUGGUGGUCUGAACACCCUCCUGUGAAACGCGCUGUGUUAGUGUGUGGACAUGAAUGAUGUUAUUGAUAAUGCACUUGAAGGCGCAUUGCAACAAGAAAUGUGGACACCAUGUGAGCUCCUACAGGCUUUCUGUAAAUAGUUUUAUCAUGUUGAUAAUUUUAUUUUGUAAUU